CUGACACACACCACAUAGCUCUGCGUGAUGGGUCCAGGCUCCGUGGCUAUGCUUCUUGCGACAGCCUGGCGACCUUCAGCCGGGUUCGGGUUCGUCCAUCAUGCCAUCACGGCAACGGGAGCGCGAGCCCCCUCGUUUUUGUUAACAGGGGUAGGAGCGAGAGGGAAGGGGCAAGCUAGGAGUUUCUACGACGGGAGGCGGGGGCGGCUCCAGACUCCGGCCCCGGCAAGCGGCAGGAGUCGGAGUUUGAUAGCCAUGAGCGAGGGUAGCUCUCCAGGGGUAACGCUUCCCGAAGCACCCGCCAGCGCGGGGGAGGGCGCAGCGGGAGGCGCAGGGGCAGCCGCUCUGGCGGCGGGGACUGGAGGAAGGGCGAAACGCACGAGAGUCAAGGCAAUAAUGGAGGCGACGGACGAUGCCUUGCUGGGGAAAACGGUGGCUGUGAAGGGGUGGGUCCGCACGAAGCGAGACCAGAAGGCCUUUUCGUUCGUGGAGGUUAACGACGGCUCUUGCAUGAAGGGGGUACAGGUGGUCAUUCCGCAGGACGUGCCUACCUACGCGGCAGUGGAGAGGCUGACGACGGGCGCCUCGGUGUCUGUUACGGGGGUCGUCGUGGAGUCCCCCGGGAAGGGGCAGCGCUUCGAGGUCAAGGCGCAAGAGGUGCAUGUUGUCGGAGAGUGCCCCACGGAGUACCCCCUGCAAAAGAAGCGCCACACCCUAGAGUUCCUCCGGGGCAUCGCACACCUCCGCCCGCGGACCAACACCAUCGCCGCCGUCGCCAGGGUCCGGUCCGCUCUCGCCCAGGCUACCCACGACUUCUUCCGAGCGGAGGGGUUCCUGUACCUCCAGUCCCCCAUCAUCACCGCCUCCGACUGCGAGGGGGCCGGCGAGAUGUUCCGUGUCACCACUCUGCCCUCCGAGGUGUCCAAGGUGCCGACCCUUGAGGACGGUUCCACGGACUACGCCCAGGAUUUCUUCGGGAAGCCGGCGUUCCUCACCGUGUCCGGACAGCUGUCUGGGGAAACCCACGCCUGCGCGCUGGGCGACGUGUACACGUUCGGGCCCACGUUCCGCGCCGAGAACAGCCAGACGACAAGGCACCUCGCCGAGUUCUGGAUGAUCGAGCCAGAGAUGUCGUUCGCGGACCUCCGGGAUGACAUGGACAACGCGGAGGCUUUCGUGAAGCACGUGGUCUCUCACGCCAUGGAAGUGUGCGGCUCCGACCUUGAGUUCUUCAACAAGUUCUACGACAAAGAGCUCCUCCAGAGGCUCCAGCGGAUAAAGGACAAGCCUUUCGUCAGGGUGCGGUACGCCGAUGCGGUGACUGCUCUCCAAGAGGAGAUCGCCAAGGACCCUUCCAAGUGGGCGUUCCCUGAUGUUUCCUUCGGGACCGACCUGCAGACGGAGCACGAGCGCUGGCUGGCGGAGACGCGCUACAAUACUGCCGUCUUCGUGUACGACUACCCCCGCGACAUCAAGGCCUUCUACAUGAGGGACAACGACGACGGGAAGACGGUGGCGGCGAUGGACCUGCUCGUGCCCGGGGUUGGCGAGCUGAUUGGUGGGAGCCAGCGCGAGGAGCGGCUAGAGCAACUUGAGGCGAAGAUGGUGGAGUUCAACUUGAGCCCCGAUGACUAUUGGUGGUACAACGACCUGCGCAGGUACGGUAGCGUGCCGCACGCGGGCUACGGCCUCGGGUUCGAGCGGUUGGUUUGCUACGUCACUGGCGUUGAGAACAUCCGGGAUGCCAUCGCCUUCCCGCGAUCGCCGGGCAGUGCAGAGUUUUGAUUGUUGUUCUGAUUUAUAGUCACACGUCUAGAUUCGUUCUAUUUUAGUCUUCCAGUGUAGUUCGCUCUAAAUGUCGUAGUUUUCUUUCUGGACGUCGCGUCUGGCCCGUCUUGCGGUAUUGCUCUACCUGGAGCAUCAACAGAUAAAGGGAAGUUACAUGGGACACCUUCCGUGUUCUUGCCACACCUCUUUUUUUUGCUGUGUCGGAGAGCUAGCUGCGAUUAGAGCUAGCUGCGAUUGAUUUAGAUGCGAAUGUAUGGAAGUGGAGGCCACCCAGUGUGGCAAGCUGCAAGCGGUAGUUUUUUAACCCAACAUUCCGAA